CGCAGGCGGGCGUCGUCGAGGCGGCGGCAGGUGGCGCAGCCGGAGGCGGGAGUGGGGGCGGGUCCGGCGGGUCGCCCUCAUCCGGGCGGGAGGAGAGGCGGCCGAACCGCCCCGCCUUCCCGCCCGGGCCAUGCUGGGCUGGCUUCGGGGCUUCGUGCUGCCGGGGGUGGCCUGCCAGAAAGACGAAGAUGACUUAAGGUACGAGAUCCUUUUCCAAGACCUGGACAGCGACGGGGACGGGUUGGUGGACAUCGUCGAGCUCCAGGAGGGGCUGAAAAACUCGGGCUUAUCGUCCGGCCAGAACUCGGAGAAGCAUAUUUUUGAAGCUGGAAAUACCAAUGAUGAUUCAGGAUUGGACUUUGAAGAAUUUAUGCAGUACCUUAAAGACCAUGAGAUAAAAAUGAGGCUGGCACUUAAUAGCCUGGACAAAAAUAAUGAUGGAAUAAUAGAGACUUCAGAAAUAAUUGCUGCUUUGAAAUCACUGGGUGUGAAUAUUUCUGAAGCUCAGGCAAAAAAAAUUCUACAAAGCAUCGAUAAUGAUGGAACAAUGACAAUAGACUGGGAUGAAUGGAAGUACUACUUUUUACUUCAUCCUGCAAAAAAUAUUGAUGAAAUUGCUCAUUUCUGGAAGCGCUCUACCAUAAUUGACAUAGGGGAGAGUAUAUCUAUUCCAGAUGAAUUUACUGAGCAAGAGAAGCGUUCUGGAGAUUGGUGGAGGCGUUUGGUGGCAGCAGGUAUAGCCGGGGCAGUUGCAAGGACAUGCACGGCACCUUUUGACCGCUUGAAAGUCAUGAUGCAGGUUCAUAGUUUAAAGUCAAGGAGACUGAGAUUGAUUGGUGGGUUUGAGCAGAUGGUAAAAGAAGGAGGAAUUCAUUCUCUUUGGUGGGGGAAUGGUGUAAAUGUUUUUAAAAUUGCACCUGAGACAACACUCAAGAUUGGGGCCUAUGAACAGUAUAAAAAAUGGCUUAGUUUUGAUGAUGCUAAAGUAGGAAUUACUGAGAGAUUUGUAUCUGGCUCAUUGGCUGGUGCAACUGCCCAGACCUGUAUUUACCCCAUGGAGGUUCUAAAGACCAGAAUGAUUCUUGGUGAAACUGGACAGUAUUCUGGGAUUAUUGAUUGUGGCAAGAAGCUUCUGAAACAAGGUGUUAGAACCUUUUUCAAAGGUUAUAUUCCUAACUUUCUAGGUAUUCUACCUUAUGCAGGCAUAGAUUUGGCUGUUUAUGAGCUUUUGAAGAAUUAUUGGCUAGAACAUUAUGCAACAAAUUCUGUAGACCCUGGGAUAAUAAUUUUGCUGGGAUGUAGUGCACUGUCUCACACUUGUGGUCAAAUAGCCAGCUUCCCUCUGAACCUUGUCAGAACUCGCAUGCAAGUUCAAGCACUGGAGGAAAAAGGAACAACAACUUCUAUGAUUCACCUCAUUCAAGAGAUACAUAACAAUGAAGGAAAAAAGGGAUUUUUCCGGGGUCUCACCCCAAACAUCAUAAAGGUGCUUCCUGCAGUAAUCAUCAGCUGUGCAGCUUAUGAAAAAGUGACACAACAUAUGGGAUUAAUUUAAAAGUGAAAUGUCAAAUUAUUGUCAUAACCAAAAUCACUUAAUUGUAAGAUAAUACCUGGGUGGUAAAGAGAAAUCUGUCCUUUUCUAAAAGGAAACAUAUACCAAAUAAUUGUUAAAACAUUUUUUUAUUAUAAAAUCUAUAAAUUAAAUAAUCAUUUUGGUAAAGUUCUUUAAUAAUUUAAAAUCCUCAAUAUCCACAGAAAUCUAUUUGUGUUUUCUACUACUCUCCAUUGAAUCCUAACUUUAAACUUGUUUUUAUUGGGUUUAGGUAUACAUACCAUGGUAUUUGGUUUUAACAUUUAUAUGUUUAUAUGUUCUACAUUUGGUAGAAGCUUGUGUUAACCUUUUUCUAUUUAAACAAUUGUUUGCAAAUCUGAGCUUGAAAAUAUUUUAUACACUUUAACAAAAAUCACUGCAUUUAGAAUUAAUGUUGCAGCAAAUGAUCAUGGUUUAUUUCUCUUUUUUAAGCCAAAAUGGAACAUUGGUUUCCUAAUUCCUUCAUAGUUCCUUCUAUCAGAUGGUAGAUGGAAUAAUAAUAACACAACAACAUAUUUCUGACUUCUCCAGCUAUUUUAUUUGUAAAUACAAACACUCUUCAUUCAUUUUUAUUCUUGAUAUUUUCAGCUGUUAUAAGGAGGUCAGUAUUGAGAACCGGUUGCCAUUGGACAAAUUUUCUUUUUACCUUCUGGUUGAAAAACAUUUGAGAGGAAGAAUUUUAAAGAUUAGAUCCAUUAUUUCAUACUUGUUGAAGCAAUUCUUAUUUUAGCUUAUGAGUUAAUUGAGUCAACCCUGGAAAAUCCUGAAUACUUCUCCUUGCUUUUAUGGAACAACGAAUCCUGUUCCCUGCUGAAACUGAAUGAGAGUGUGGCAAGGGGCUGGUUGGCCACAACAAGCUUCGAAUGAAGAACUGCCUCACUAGACUGACUGAUCCAGGCUUGGAGACCUGGCCUUGCUGAUUCCAAAAUUUGACUUUAUUAAUUUCAUCAAGGUGAUCAGUUCCUUGGUGAUAGAUUAAUUAAAAUUACUCACGAGAUCUAGAGGUAUCACAAUGCCAAAGUAUUAGUGUGUAGUGGACUUUAUACUUUCCACUGACCAGAAUACUUUCAUCCCUUCUCCUGGGCACAGUCUCCUGGUAUCAGGGUACCUGGGAAACCAAAUAAAUCAUGAGAAGAUUGAUGUAGAAUGAGAACAAAGAGAGGACUGUUUUACUCAGACCUGUCCCAGUUAAGGUGGGAAGAGGUAGGAGCUUGUGAACAAGGAAGAGUGGUUGAGGAGUGGGAGAGAGGAGAGGCUUGUGAAACUUUAGCUAACUAAAACCACAGAUCACCAGAGGGGAGGAAGGCAAAUCUCAUCUGAAGUCCAGGAGGGUGUGUGAACAGCAAGUAAUGGUGAUAAUUGUGUAGAUAGACUUUUACAAAGCAUUCCAAAUCGAUGAGAUAGCUUGAGUGGUAACAUGGAAAUGGUGGUGGGGUUGUGGGAGAGGGUUUGUGGAGCAUUAGGGAAAUCACAAGUAGCCUGGUCAUUUGGAAAUGUGUGGUGAAUAGGAAGAUACAGUGAAAUAUAAGGCUACUGCUAUAGGUUGGUGACGGGUCAUGGAGAGCUUUGAAUUAUAUGUGAUGCUGACAUGCUCUGGUAUAAGAAGGCAACUUUGACAACAGAAGAAACCAUUGAAAGAGGAGAUAAUAGAGCCAGUGAGACCAAUUAGGAUUUUUCCCAUAGCCAUAAUUAUUAAAUGCUGGCUUCUGAGUAAGCUUUUCUUUAGAAUAGGUAUACAAGUCAAAGUACAAUUUAUUUUAUCAAGUUCCUGCUAUGUGCCAGGAAUUAUUUCAGGACACUUUUAAAGGUUCUC